GCACCCACCACUUUUGCUUGUUACUUGCUACUUUUAUUAUUCCGAGGACUGCCCUCUCUCGAAUCACAUCAGUCGGCAGUCAGUUGGCGACGCCACUUGAGUGCAGCAGCCUCAAUUACACGCUAUAUACUCUUUAGUUUCUUGAUUUAUUUCAAGUGCGACGAUCGAUUCGGAAAAUAAUGCCGCCUGAGGAGGACUCGCAGUCGGUCGCGACCCUAAACUCGGAGGUGGGCAACCUGGACCUGCACGACCAAAGAGACGGAUGUCCAGACACGUGCGUGACAACGCUGGACCAGCAAGAUCUGGACUACGCCAAAGAAUUCCUCAAGGACGACCCGGAAAAGAGGAGCGAGCACUUGAACAGCCUCAGACAGUUUCUGCAGUUCAACUCGUAUCUCAACGCACACGACGAUGACGAAACUCUGCUCCGAUUUCUCAGAGGGUGCAAAUUCAAUCAGCAGAGGGCCAGGGAGAAAAUCCGAAAUUUUUACGAACUCAGGGCGACCUCCCCGGAAUGGUACGACCUGAGGGAUCCGAAGGAUCAAGAAAUCCAGAGGCUGCUCAGAAUGGGGAUCUUUAUUCCCCUGCUGAAAAGAGACUCGGCGACCGGUCAAACUGUGAUAAUUGUACGCGCGGCCUUGCACAAUCCCAGGGAAACGGCCUUUAACAGCAUACUCAAGGUGGCGAAAAUGGUGAUGGAAAUCCUGACUCGGCAAUCCACCGUUCUCUACAUUUACGGGCUCCGGGCGGUCAUAGAUUUGGACGGAGUCGGACUUGGUCACGCUCUCCAGUUGACUCCUCAUCUUAUCAAGAAACUUGUCCACACAUGGCAGGAUUGCUAUCCUGUCCGGACACGAAGCAUCGACUUUGUAAAUUCGCCGCUGCACAUAAACAUGGUCCUCAACAUUUUCCGCAAGUUCAUGAACGAGAAAAUGAGACAGCGGAUUCACACUCAUCGAACAAUAAAACCUCUGGUUGGUCUGAUUAAUCCGGAGGUGUUGCCCGUCGAGUACGGCGGGACUGGACCAAAAUUGAACUCUGUAAUUGAUUACUGGCGCAAUGAGGUUUCCAACAAGCGAGAUUGGUUUACGGAUGAUUAUAAAUAUAGAGCAAACAUGGACUUGAAAAGCGACGCUAGCUGAAGUUUUUCGCGACUGCAUUUGAUCGCCAGUGAUAUAUAUUGUCUCAUAUUACAAGUUUUACAGGUUUAUUGAUAUUUAAUAAAGUUCCUUCUAC